CUGAAGCCAUACUUGCAGUGGCCACUAGCGCACUACUAGUCGAUCAAUCUGUUGUUUCAGAGAGACGCCAUGAAGUACUUGGCCCAGCUGGUGGUGGCGCUCCUGGCCUUCUCGGCGGUGGUGCUGAUGGUGGCGCCGGCGGGCGCGGAGGCGGCGACCUGCGACGCGCUGCAGCUCACCCCGUGCGCGGGGGCCAUCGUCGGGAACGCGGCGCCCACGGCGUCGUGCUGCAGCAAGAUGAAGGAGCAGCAGCCAUGCAUGUGCCAGUACGCGCGCGACCCCAACCUCAAGCAGUACGUCGACUCCCCCAACGGCAAGAAGGUCAUGGCCGCCUGCAAGGUGCCCGUGCCCUCCUGCUAAACCGACGCAUGUACUAUGAUCGAUCCACACGAGAGAGCCCAGCGCGCGCGCGCCUCUCUGGCCUCUCGCUGCAUGUUUCAUGAGUGUUGAUGUAUGUGGACCGAUGUGCAUCUGAAUUUCUGAAUAUGCUGGAUGGAUCCUGCUGCAGCCUUGUGUUCUUAGUCUCUCUUAUGAGUUUCGCCCCGCCUGUGUCGUAGGACUUUGUGAGUUGGGCCUUGUUUCGUGUAGCAGGGGAAAGCUAGUCUGAGAUGGUUGGGAUGUAAAUGAGCAGUGCUGAAUUGCUUAAAUUCAAGUUGUUGAGCAUGACUUUCUUUUUUCA